CCCGGAAGUGUGUAGGAUUUGCGCCUGGAAUAAGUUGACAUGGUUGUUUUCAUGCCAGUGUUGGAGAGAGAAAAAAAAGUUACGUUGGUGUGAGCAGAUCCAAUCUAACGAGUUCGUCUUAAAACCCGUCGAAGGCUUUUAAGAGCUUUCAUACAACAAUUCACAGCCAGGGAGGGAAACAAAGUCACAGUUGAGGCAGCAGCAAUGGGGAGCAAACCGGGCCCAGUUCAGAUAGUGACGGUGUGCAAGGAGGAUCACUCCUUUACGCUGGACGAGGAAGCGCUCGAGCGCGUCCUCUUGACCCCGACCGUGCGAGACAAAAAUGUGGUGGUGCUUUCGGUGGCCGGCGCCUUCAGGAAGGGCAAGAGCUUCCUGCUCGACUUCAUGUUGCGAUAUAUGUACAGAAAGGGUGACGAAAACUGGCUGGGUAACGACGACGAGCCCCUGACGGGAUUCUCCUGGCGAGGUGGCUCGGAACCGGAGACGACCGGCAUCCAGAUCUGGAGCGAGGUCUUCCCCAUCCAGAAAAGUGAUGGAAGCGAGGUGGCAGUAAUGCUUAUGGACACUCAGGGAGCUUUUGAUAACCAGUCCACAGUGAAAGACUGUGCCACCAUCUUUGCCCUCAGCACCAUGACCAGCUCCAUUCAGAUUUACAAUUUGUCCCAGAACAUCCAAGAAGAUGACCUGCAGCAGCUACAGCUUUUCACCGAGUACGGCCGGCUGGCCUUGGAUGAAAUCUUCCUGAAGCCUUUCCAGUCCUUGAUGUUCCUCAUCCGCGACUGGAGCUUCCCCUACGAGUACACGUACGGCUUUAAAGGAGGCAACGAAUUCCUGGAGAAACGAUUACAGGUCAAGGAGGCCCAGCACGAGGAGCUGCAAACGGUGAGGGAGCACAUCCACUCCUGCUUCACCAACAUUUCCUGCUUCCUGCUGCCACACCCUGGUUUGAGAGUUGCCACCAGCCCGACUUUUGAAGGACAACUUAAUGCGGUGGCACUGGAGUUCAAAGAGCAGCUGAAGAUUUUGAUCCCCGAUCUCCUGCAUCCCGACAACUUGGCCGAGAAGGAGAUCAAUGGAAACAAAGUCACCUGCAGAGGCCUGCUGGAGUACUUCAAGGCUUACAUCAAGAUUUACCAGGGAGAGGACUUGCCCCAGCCAAAGAGUAUGCUCAUGGCGACAGCGGAGGCCAACAACCUGGCAGCCGUGGCGGCGAGUAAAGAUCAGUAUUACAGGAACAUGGAGAAGAUGUGUGGCGGAGACCUGCCCUAUGUGUCUCCUGAGUCACUGGAGGAGAAGCACCAAUUUUACUUCAAGGAGGCUCUCUUCUCCUUCUCCUCCACCAAGAAGAUGGGCGGCCAGGAGUUUUGCGACCGCUACCAAGAGCAGCUGGAGAAGGAGCUGGUGGAGAUGUGGGAGUCGUUCACCAAGCACAACGAGUCAAAGAAUCUGUUCAGUGCAUUCCGAACUCCAGCCGUGCUGUUCGUGCUCGUCUGCCUCCUGUACGUGCUGUCGGGUGUGCUGCUCUUCGUGGGCCUGUCCACCUUCGCCCUGGUGUGCGACUGCGUCCUGGGCUUGGUCAUGAUGUCCAUGCUGACUUGGGCCUUCAUCCGCUACUCGGGCCGCUACCGGGAUGUGGGCGGAGCCAUCGACCAGGCGGCGGGCACCGUGCUGGAACAGGCCACGGUGGUGCUGAACAAGUCGAGAGAACAGAGGCUUUCCGUGAAGAAAUCCAGUUAGAGGACCGGCGAGGCUUUUGGUCAUCUCGACGCCACGCAAAUCUACAGCCGACACAGAGCCGCAUUCAGCCUUAUCAUUGCGCCCCCCCCCCCCCCCCCCUUCCAUUUCUUCUCCCCUAACCCUUUCUCUGUGAGAACAUACAACACCAAAAAAAAAAAAAAAAAAAGCACAAGAGAAGGAUACAUUCCCAAAAGCCAGCAUGUUUCAUACCCGCGUUGGGACACAAGCUGCCUGCUUUGAAAGCAUCGCACCUUCUGUCGAUCCUGCCGCAUUUCCAAAAGAUUCACCAGGAAAAAUUCUUUCCAGCGGUUACAGGCUUCUUUUUGCACAAUUUGGUUGUCUACCUUAUGAGUAUGGCUUUUGCAGCUUUUUAUAUGCAUAUUUUAGAAGCUCAAUUUAUUUUCUUUUACAGUGUGCCUUGAAAGCGUUCCAGUCUCGAUGGAGACGUAACAUUCCUGAUCAAGUUCGGUUGUUCCCUUUUGCUGAAGUAGCAAGGAGGAGAUUAUUGCAGUAAUGUCACCAAAUCAGACCACAGUAGAGCGUGAGCCUAAAAUGAGCGUCAAAUGUAAAGAAUUUCUUAUGGAUGGCAGCAAAAGGCUACUAUUGGAUUGAUAAAUUGACCUACUCAAUUCA